AUGGUUAACGGGUUAUCCUUCUGGCAAAAAUGGGGCAUGCUUAUGACUAUUGCUUCCGUGUCUACAACGACAAGCGAUGUCCAACCACCACACAUAGUUUUUAUAAUGGCUGACGAUUUGGGCUUCAAUGAUGUUUCAUAUCACGGCUCAGACCAGAUUUCGACUCCCAAUAUUGACACCCUCGCCAGCAGCGGAAUCGUUUUGAAACAAUACUAUAGCGAGGCGGUAUGCACGCCAGCUAGGACCGCUCUUCUUACUGGGAAAUACCCGAUGAGACUUGGCAUGCAAGGAGUGCCUUUGUACAACUCAGAAGAUCGCGGUAUUCCACUCACUGAGAAGUUGUUGCCAGCUUAUUUGAGCGACGUCGGUUACAAGCCUCAUAUAGUUGGGAAAUGGCAUGUCGGAAUGUCUCAGAAAGAAUAUUUGCCGACAAAUCGAGGAUUUAUCAGUCAUUAUGGAAUGCGUGGAGGCUUCGUAGACUCCUACACGUACCAGUUAUCUGAGACGUGGCCCGAUGGUACAUUAUUGUUUGGUCUGGAUUUGUUUGAUAACGACAUACCACAACUGAAGGAAGACCGCUACAUCCUUGAUGCUUUGACGGAUAGAGCAGUUGAAAUUAUCCACGGUCAUAACUCGUCGAGCCCGUUGUUUCUUCAUUUCACAUCAAACGCACCACACGCUGGUAAUGCUGGAGGAGCCUUGCAGCCUCCACUUUACAAGAAAUUGGGAAGCACACAUAUCGCUAACACGAACAGACGACUUUAUGCUGAGAUAGUUAAACAUUUUGACAGCAGCGUGGGCAAGCUAGUGAGUGCGUUAUCUCAAAAGGGGAUGCUUGAAAACACACUUAUUGUAUUCGUAUCAGAUAAUGGCGCUCCCACUACCGGAAUGUAUAAUAACUGGGGAGUGAAUUUACCAUUAAGAGGGAUAAAACAAUCCCCCUGGGAAGGUGGUGUUCGUGUACCAGCAGUAAUUUGGCAUACCUCAUUUAAACCUCGUACUUGGGAUGGACUAAUGCAUGUCACAGAUUGGUUACCCACGUUGAUAGCGGCUGCUGGUGGACAUAUUAAUGAGAAACUUGACGGUGUCAAUCAAUGGCCAUCUAUAACACAAGGGCAACAGUCUCCAAGAAGAGAAGUACUUAUUGCGAUAGAUGAUAAAAAUAAUCCUUAUGCGGCUAUUAGAGUCGGCGAUUAUAAGUUAGUUAUAGGAAACUUAAAUGCAAGUGCAAAUGAUUAUUACGGUGCGGAGUUUAUGCCUAAUAAGGAAACACCCCCUGAUUACUAUAAAUCACUCAUAUCGUCAGAAACUGCAAAUGAGUUUGAAAAAUUGGGAAUCACCUUUGACUAUGGGGAUGUUAUGGCCACGAGAAAAGCGUCUGUGGUGAAACAGACAGACACAGUAAGGGAUAAGCAGCCUUGUGUACCAACAUUGAUUCGUGGUUGUCUUUACAACGUGAAAAAGGAUCCACAGGAAAGUCACGACCUGUGGCCACGAGGUCAAAAAAUUGCCGCCAAUAUGAUGGCGCGAUUAAGGGUACUCUGGUCACAACUGCGGAGACGAGGUCCCACUGCCCUAAGCAUUGAAGCCGAUCCAUCAAACUACAACUACGUGUGGUUACCCUGGGUUAAAAAUUCCAGUGAACUCAAUAGUGGGACGGAAUAUCAAAAUACCGGAAACUAUAUGUUCCGUAAUGAUUUAAGAUUUCCAGUUGUGGUUGGCUGCGAAUGUACAUAUGGCUUCCAAAACAUAUUAUGUGUUUUACGAAGUAUGUUCAAAUAA